CCGGCUCCUCCCGGGUCCCCCCCGGCUCUCCGGGGGUGGGAGGAGGUCUCGCCGCCGCCGCCCCCCGGGGCGGUCCCGCCGCCGCUGCCGCCGGAGCCUCCGCCGCCCCCGCUGCCGCCGGGCGGGGCCGGAGCGGGACCGGGAGCCCCGGGAUCGGAGCGGGAGCCCCGGUGCCGGUGCCGGUGCCGCUGCCCCGCCAUGUCCAAGCUGCUGCCGGCGCAGGAGGCGGCGCGGAUCUACCACACCAACUAUGUGCGGAAUGCGCGGGCCAUGGGGGUGCUCUGGGCCGUCUUCACGCUCUGCUUCUCCAUCCUGAUGGUGGUGACCUUCAUCCAGCCCUACUGGAUCGGCGACAGCAUCGACACCCCGCAGGCCGGCUACUUCGGCCUCUUCUCCUACUGCAUCGGCAACGCGCUCACCGGUGAGCUCAUCUGCAAGGGCAGCCCCCUGGACUUCGGCACCAUCCCCUCCAGUGCCUUCAAAACUGCCAUGUUCUUCGUAGGCGUCUCCACCUUCCUCAUCAUCGGCACCAUCCUCUGCUUCAGCCUCUUCUUCUUCUGCAACGCGGCCACCGUGUACAAAGUGUGCGCCUGGAUGCAGCUGGCGGCGGCUACGGGGCUGAUGAUUGGCUGCCUGAUCUACCCCGACGGCUGGGACUCCACCGAGGUGAGGAGAAUGUGCGGGGACAAAACGGACAAAUACACGCUGGGCGCGUGCACCGUGCGCUGGGCGUACAUCCUGUGCAUCAUCGGCAUCCUGGACGCCCUCAUCCUCUCCUUCCUGGCCUUCGUGCUGGGCAACCGGCAGGACCACCUGCUCCCCUCGGAUUUCAAAGUGGAGGACAACGAAGAGGGAAAUGACUGACAGAGCUGAUCACCAUGGACAUCCAGAGCUCUUCUUCCAUCAGCCCUUUUCUUUGAAGUGACUCUUCUAGGAAGCUUAAACUUACCAAAUUCUGUGGAUUUUCUACAGCUGUUUUCUUCACCCAUGGGGCUGCUCUUGGCUCACAGCUCUUGUGGAGCUUAUUUGGUGAAAAGAGCCCAAAAUGGACAUUAAGAGUUUUUCUGAGUCCAUCAGCAAGAGGGACAAGAGGGCAAGGAUGGCAAUUUGCUGCUUUUUGGGGGGUUUGUACACAUUCUUUCAAGGAAAUUAUUUAUCAAUAAAAAAAAAAAAAACCAAAAAUAAUACCAAACCACCAAAAUAUCAGUGUUUUGGGUUUUGUGCUUUUCUCCUGAGGGCAGAGGAAACCCUCUGUAUUUUAGAAUGGAAAAAUUCCAGCAGUUCUAUUUUUUACUCUUCUCCCCUUUUUAAAAUGGAUCACAACACCAGCAACAAAAUCUAUCUCAUUCUGGAAAUCAAAGCUGAAUGUUCACUAGUGAAGCAAAUUCCAUCCCUAAGCCCCUGACUCAGAACAGAAUUACAAGGGGAAUGUAUGAAAACCAGGGCUCAGUUAUUAAAUAAUCUGUUUAUUGCAGGG